UGUAUAUCCUUGUACCCAGCUGUGAGUAUGUAUGCUGAGAUCAGAAGUCGUCCCCAGUCCAGCCCAGUCCACCCCCCAUUCCACCGGACCCUGGCUGAUGACCUGGCUACUGACAACAUCCCUGGACUGGAGGUAGGGAGGAGGAGGGCACCUCCACGGUACAGCCAACCGAGUACCAAGGUGCUUAACAGGACCUAUUCGGAUGAGUCUAUGACAGGUUACUCCACGGACUCCCUGCUGUCCAUCCUGUCACAUGACAGUUACACCACGCCCACUGACUCUGACCUGUCUGAUGAGGAGUCCAGAAAACCAUACAGAGAAGAGAGACCUCCUGAGCCACCGAAACCCAAACCUCCUCCACCCAGGAAACAGAAGAAGGAAAAGAAGACUUCUCACUGGGAGGAAUGGGUCAUCAGGAAAACUCAAGAGGAGAGGGAGAAAAGGAAAAAGCUGGCAUGGAAGGAAAAGGAAGAGAAAGAAGAACAAGAAAGGCAAAGAAAAGAGAAGGAAGAAAAAAAGCAACUAGCAGACAAGAAGCACAAGGAAUGGGCAGAGCAGAAAACACUGCAGCAAAAAAUACAGAGGAAGGCAAAAGCUCGACAAGAAAAGGCAGAGAAAGAAAUCGAAGAACAGAAAAAGCAACAAGUACAUGAAAAAGCUAAAAAAGAGUAUGAUUUGUGGCUGGAAGCAAAGAAACAAAAGGAGGAAGAAAUAAGACAAAAGCAGGAAGAGGAUAGAAGAAGAAAAGAAGCAGAGAAGGAGGAGAAGCAGAAGCAAGCAGAAGAAGUGUACAACGAGUGGCUAAAGAAGUCCAAGACAAAACCCAGACCGAUGUUCCACAGUUUUGGUUACACAGGAGGAGUUUUAACAGGUUACCAUGAUCGGGCUGCUUACCCCAUUCCCAGCUUCUAUAACCCCGUUCCCUGGAUGCCCAUACACGUGCCACAGGAGAAACAACAACCAAAGCCAAAGGUCCCCGACAAGAAACGGAGGGUGGGUAGACAGAAGAGCCAACACCAGCCGUCACCCCCUCUGCUGUGGAAAGAAGUGGAGCAAAGAACUGUCCGAAAACAGAGUUCUCUCACCACAAGAAAGAGAUAGGACAAACUGCAAUAGCAAUUUUAAUAGAAAAACUGUUCAAUUUUCUAGGCUUGUACAGCUCAUAUGCACCUUUGUACAUACAAGUUAGGGCAUAAAGAUUCCAAUUUUGCAACUCGUAAAACAUUUUUCGUGCUGUUACUUGCAAUUAAAUUGUCAGCAACAAGUUU